UAUUAUGCUGUCAUGGGCCACCUGGAAUUCUCUCCCACCCCAUGAGAAGCAGCCCAUCAGGAAGUCCCACAGCCAUUGUCUACCCAGGGCUAAUACUCGUGGUCCCGACCCAUCUUCAAUGACUGUCCUGAGGGGCAGAGGACCCAUAGAGUACUCAGAGCAAGGCAGUAGCUAGUUCAUGAUGGGUGCUGGGUGGUAGACCUACAGGCUGCCAUGUGACUGUAGUGUUAGACCCGGGCCCCCAGGUGGUGUGGCUCGCCAUCCAUACCCUCCUGCCUCGGCUGCAGUGCCAACCCCGGCCAUGGGUGUGCUGCCCACCUCCCGAAGGGUAACCCUGCAGACCUGCCCCAGGGACAACCAGCAAGAAGGUCUCUACUCCCUCAAGUCCUCGGGGAGAAUGGCCAAUCAGAAGGCCAGCGCCGACCCCAGGGAAGAAGUGUUCCAUCCACAUGAAGCCAAGGACAGCCUUCUGGCCACAUUGAGGUGGCCUAUGCUUUCUCAGCAGCUGGGUACUCUCUGGACAGUUCCCCAUGUGACCUGGCCUGACUAUUUCAAGGAGCCAGGCCCCUCCAUGAAGGGCUGCAGCCUGCCCAUGUGGUCUCCAUGCUGGGACACCAGGGAUGUGAACAGCUCAGUGUCAUCCGGCCGACUGUCUGGUUCCUCAGGGGGGCAUGAAUCAUGCGCACUUUUCCAUGGGCCCUGGAAAGAAAGGCCACCCCUGGUGUUGGGGCCCCAGCGUCAGCCCAGGAAGAGUAACCCUCGUCUGGAGCAGUUGAGGGACAAGAUCCGAGCCCAGGCACAGAGGCAGGCCAGCUGUGCCUCCCUGGGCACCUCAGUCCCAUCUAGCGCCUCAUGCAUCUCCAAGACCUCCUCAACUAUGCUACAGCGGAAGAACUCCAGGGGUACAGACGCUCCUCCGGUGCCUACUUGCCCAGAGUCAGGCAUUCUUCGUGCCACUGGACACAGAAGCAAAGACAGGGUACCUCUCAGCCUGAGACGGGAGCUCUCAAGGACUCCCCAGCACCAUACUUCAGUUCCAAGGACAAACAUCAAAAGGAUCAGAAGUGGUUCUUACAAAAGAGAGAUUCCAAAGUCAUCUGUCCCCCGCAGACCUGCCAAAGGCAGAGGCUCUGGCAAGAAAGCAGGAGCUGUUGGGGACUCACCUGCCCACACCUGGUUGCCUAAGCCUACCCAUGCCCACCGUGACCAGCAGGUUUCUGAGCACACGCCCAGCCUGGCUAUCCAUGAUCAGUCCGCAACUAUCCAAGGCGCCAUGGAGAUCCUCCAAGACCUGCGCCGGCAAAUCCAGGCUGGUCUGGAGCUUGCCAGGCGGCCCAGGAAGCUCUUGUCAUCAAAGCCACAGAACCCGGCAGGGAAGAGGCAGCAGGGGCCCCAGAGCGCCUGGGACAUGCAGGGCUCCUUCUCAAAGAGUGCUUGGGCUGCGACAGAAGGGACAUGCCCUUCCUUGGAUAGGGCUAGAGACUUGUACAGCCAGCAACACAAGGAAGCAGUGGCUGAGCAGGAGUCUUGUCCACAGAGGGCCUGGACAGCACAGGGGCAAGACACCUCCUUCCAGGGGCCUGGAAGCACCCCAGAAAAGCCAAGUCCCUUCUCACAGCGGCCCUGGAGUGCCCUGGCUUGGCAGACCUGCCCACAGAGGGCCUGGGAAGCUCAGGGACAGGAUACCUCCUUCCAGAGGUCCGGGAGCCCUAUUAAAAAGCCAAGUCCCUUCUCCCAGCGGCCCUGGAGUGCUCUGGCUGGCCAGGCUUGUUCACAGAGGACUCACACAGCUUGCAAAGGCUGGGAGGUGCCUGGGUCCAGUCCGUGGAGCUCUGUGGCUAGGCCACACCCCGCGCUCCAGCAGCCCUGGAGUAGUUCUCCUGUGCAGAGAUCCAGUCUCCACAGCGAGGACGAAUGUGUUGUCCCUCCCCUCUCAGAAGUCAAGCUAGCUUGGCCAGAGACUGCCCAGGGCUUCCCUCAGAGCAAACCAGCAAAGGAGCAGGACAUGCAGGAGAGCCCACCCUGCCCGAGGCCACAGCGGUCUCUGGGCCAGCCACACAGCUCUGAGUCCUUGCGGGACUUCAUGCGUCAGAAGGCCCGGGCCCGUCGGCAGCAGGCCAUGGAGCAGAAGGCCCUGGCUGCACAGGCGCUGGAGCUGCGGAACCAGAGGCUGCAGGAGGUGUAUCGGAAGCAGAGAGAGGCCAUCCUGGGCAAGGCCAUCCCUGUGGUCUCCCGGAGGAGCCCCGGCAUCGUCACCUUUGUUCCCAGCACCGUCCAGGCUGGGGGCCUGGAAGCCCCCGGGAGUCUGGGGUCACCACUGAGGAAGUGGAGCAAGGUGACAUCUGGCAUGGUGCUUGGGGACCGAGAGGCUCCAGACAGCUUCUGUCUGUGUUUGAACAAACCAUGGAACCGUGCUGACACCCAGGACAUUGGACACCCCCCAGAAGGCUACAAGCAGGCCCGGCUGCAGGCACUGGAGACCAUGGCCGAUGUCCUCAAGCAGCGUAUUGACAUCCUAACCACCAAGCUGCACAAGUCGACUUUCCCGGACACAGCUGGCGACCUGGCUCCGGACAUGCUGCCCUUGGGCCCCAGCACAGCACCUGCCACCCCCACUCUGACCCCUCCCUCUUACCUCCGAAGCUUAGUGUCUGACGGGAGCAGAGGAACCCCCCAGGACUGGGUGGACAUGCAGGCCAAGCCCCUUCUCCCCAGCACCUACUUCCAGGAGGGUGAGAUGCUGCCAUGGAGUCCCAGCUGGGAGCCGCAGAGCUUGAACCUGGGGGCCCAUGUUGAGAACCAGCUCCAAGGUCCUGUGUGCAGCACCCCUGCCUCAGUGUCCCAGGUCAUCCCUCACACUCAGCCUUGCCUGGCUAGCUCAUCAAGUCACGGGGCCCUUUCCAAAGGUGUUAUAGAGGAGAGACACCGGGAGCUGGAGAAGAGGCUGCAGAGGGAGAUGGCUACCCUCCAGACCCUCGGCGCCUGCAUGAGGAGCUCACUUGGGCUGCCAGCUGCACCAGACCCCGCCUGUGGCUCCCUUUGGCAGGAGGAGAUACCGGAAGCCAAAAAGGCAGGCUUGGUGACGCCCUGGACCAGCCAGAGCUGCGGUCAGCAGGAGCCCAAGGGGCCACAUUCUGAAGGCCUGCAUGGAGGGCACCUGACCAAUUUCCAGCUGAAAUCUUUGAGCUUUCUGGAGUCACUGAAGCUGGACCAGCAGAAGCAGGACCAGGCACUGGCCCUUCUGCGGCAGCGGGCAGAGCAGGAGGUAUGGGAGACGCAGAUGGCACUGGAUGAACUUCUCUUCAAACACCAGCUGAAGCAGCGGAUGGAGAAACCCUCAGCCCAGGAAAGGCCAGCAAAGGCCACAAAGCUGGAACAGCAGCAGAUGUGUGGUGGCCUAGAGCCAAGCACACUCUCUCUCAACACAGUGACAACCAGAUCCAGAUCACCACCCUCCCCACACGGAGACGACACCGGGUCCUCGAAGCAUCCUGAGGAAGCAAGGGCAGUUUCUGCAGGACUCAACCUCGGCCUGCUUUCUCUCUCGGAGUUGGAGCCCGCGCAGCAGGACCCAGCCCCCUCCCAGCGGGCUCUAGCCAAGCUCUGCCUUUCAGAUAGACCCACCUACAAGUGGAGCACCGGGAGACCAGAGCCAGGGACAGAAAAGUCCAGAACCUUCCACCGCUUCACUAUUGCAAUGCUGGAGCAGAGUCUGAGAGAUGAAGAGCUGCGUGCGCAGCACCAGGCUGCGGUGCUGCGACUGCGCGAGCUGGUGCUGGAGGAAAAAGCCCGUGCGGAGCUGACCUGCCUGGAGCAUCAGAUAGGGUGUCUGGGGAUUGUAGGGCGUGAGGCAUCACAGACCACUCUGCGGGAAAAGCAGCGACAAGCUCUCAGCAGGCUUGAGAAGGAGCGGAGGGAAAUCCAGUACCUGAAGAAGGUGUACUUGUCCCUGCACCACGGCAGGAAGCAGCUCCUGCAGCAUCAGCAGUCCAUCCUCGAUGUGCAGAGGUCCGUGGCCCACUUGCGGCAGGAGCUCCAGGCUCGAACCAAGCUGCUGCAGAGUUCCAGCCCCAGCAUCAAGGUCGCCUGGGAGGGGGUCUGCGACACAAGUCAGAAGACAGAGGGACAUAGACCUGGAAGCCCCCAAAGCCACCACCCCGAGGAAAUCUCUGAGAGCUCAGAAGUGGCAAACCUCCCUGAGCAGAAGGAAGGGACACCUCCCCAGACGACUCCAGUUGCAGAUGAGCACCUGCAGCCUCGGAGGCUGCUGCAGCCUCGGAGGCUGAAGUGGGCAGAUGUGACUCCUGGGACUGGAAGCCCACCUGUGGAGAGUGGGCAUGACAACCAAGGACCUGGAAAACAGCCUCACGUCUCUCCCCCUGGUCUGCUGCACUUGAGUUCUCUGGACCCUGAACAUCAGAAACACCCAGUCUUUCCUAUCUUCAAGAAAGAUGGCAGCCUAGCCUCUCAGCUGAAGCCACAGGAGGCCAAGGAACCGCCUCCUCCAGGCGACCUACAGACCAAGCCCGGUGCAGCUUGGGCAGUGGAGAGACAGCCUGCAGACAGCCAUGCUUGGAGCUUGCAUGGCGAGUGUGGGCAGUCCCUAAGUGGAGAUGGUCCUGGUCCUGAGGAAGCCAGAGUGGCUGAAAACAGAACAAAUCAAGGGCUAGGUGUUUCCAGAAGCCCCAAGGGCGGACACCAGGGAGAGACACAUUGGCAGCCAGAGCAGCAAAGGAGAGAAGCCUGUCAACAGGAGAACCCGGACAUCCCCUCCACCCACCUGGACACUGACCAGAAGGCUGUUUCCCCAGCAGCUCCUGUGGCCAGUGAGGAGGAGGCACAGCCGGCCUGGCACCCCGACAGCCCUCCGUCCCAGCCUGCUGCCAUCUUGGAUGUGUGUUCUGAGUCUGUUUCUAGUAGCUUCUCAGGGUCUUCAGAAGCCCCUGCCGUAUCCCUCACCCCUUCAGCAGGCUCAUCAAGCAGCCUUUCCUGUUCAUCUCUCCAGGAGUUUCAGAAGGCCACAGCCACCCUAGUCCAACUUUCUAACAGUUCCACAUCCCUGUCUAACUUGGAGGCUGAAGAUACUCUGCCUGCAGAUCCCCGUUGGUCUAGGGAGCUUUCUGCUCAUGAUUCCUGGGAGAAACCUGGCCUGCCUCCAUUCUGGGACCUCCACCAGGGACUUCCGCCGCUGGAGGGGCCUCCUGAGGAUGUAGGUCAAGUGACCCUGCAGAGACUGGAAGGCAGUGAGGCCAGACUCCUGAGUGGCUUCUCUGAGGAGGCAGCUGUGGCGGGAGGCUCAGAGCCAGGGUACAACUUCACUCAGGCAGGCUGGCCAUUGUCGUUCCCACAUGCCCCUUCCCCAAGAUUGGGGUCCGAGUUGUCCGAGUCCUCCAGCCAAAUCUGGGAUGAGAACCUUGAGGAGCCCAGCCCUUGUGCUGAGCCACCCUCAGGAUGCUCCUUGCCUGCAAAUGAUUCUUUGGACCUGGAAGGCAGUGGAGGACUCCAUGCCACUCUUCCCUCCCCGGGGCCUGGGGAAGAACAAGAAGCUUCCAGAACCAGUAGGAGCCUGACUGGUGCAUCAAAUACAGGGGAAACCAGGCAGAUGUCCCCGGUGGCCACUUUCACAGUGUUCCCACCCCAGAUCCCUUCUAUCAGUGACUCGACUCUGCCACUGUCCUUUCCUCUGGACACUUCCACCUCUGGAAGGGCAGGUCUCAGCAAAGCAAAGAUGCCUACUGAGGCCUCAGCUGGCUACCAGGGGGAACCCCAUGAUGCUGAUACUAAUCCAUCCAUACAGAGGAAGUCCCUACAGGCCUUGCCUGAUCCUAAGGCUGCCAUGACCCUGAAGGCUCCUUCUGAGGACAGCGCUCCCCUUGUCACAGAGGUAGCCAGUCCGUCAUAUGUAGAUGGAGUCCUGACUGAAAUACUGUCUCCUGUGGAUGAGGAACUAUCUUAUGGCAGUGGGGACCUUCCAUCCUCCAUCCACAGGGACACUCGCCUCCCUCCACCACCUCCUUCUCCCCAAGCAAAGAGUGACAUCAAUGAGCCCAACCCCAGCUCAGAAGACUUCCCUUCCCCACCUGAGGAGGCCAUGUUUCCAGGUGACUCACUGGACACCCUAGGGGAGGAUACAUCCAUUACUGUUGAAGACAUGUCCUCCUUAUCUGAGGAGGCUCUGGAGGAAGCCCUUUCCCUGGGGCCCCAGAAGUCAGGGCACUGCCUAGGAGCAUCUGGGCAAGAUGGAAGCCUGAAUGACUCAAGUUCAACAUCUCCCUUGAGUAAUUGGGUAGUCAGUGCCCCUGAGACAUCCCCAAGACUGCCAGCUCAGCCCCUGAGUCCAUCCCCAGUGGCUUGUGUGACCAGAAAGAAUCUUGAGGAGGCCUCAGGCAGUCAAGGUGGACCUUGGGAAGCAGCACCGUGCUUCAAGAGUGCAGAGCACCAGCUAGUUACAGAACACCUUUUAGACAGAAGAGCAGCCAUAUCCUCACCCUCCUGGUCUGCACCCUCUGAAAGCCCAUCCCCGGGCCCAGUGCCCUCAGUGGCCAGUGGCCAGGCUGAAUCCUCCAAGCACACUAGUAAGAAGGAGAGGGAAGGCCAGAGCUGCUGGACAGAGGGCCAGCCCAAGCUCCAGGAUUUGUUGGACAGACAGGAGCUCUGUAGGAGAGACUCGGCUUUUGACCCUGCCUCUGGUACCUGUGUGGAUCUUCCAGGGACAGGAGAUGCUGGGCCAGUGGAUGUGGUGUCCACCCAACUCAGCAGGAGGAUCUUGUGUGACUCUCUGGCUGCACUGUCAGGGUUGGCCCCUGGAGACAACCCCUAGGGGUGUGCUCCGAAAUGAUAGGAACGCAUAGACAUCUGACAUGUGA